AUGAAUAACACUAAUGUCUCACAACACACGCCAUCCAAAUUAAAUGAAUUAUUAGAAGCGGUGAGAUUGGAAUUCAAUAGUAUUUCUAAUGACGCAAACUCCUAUAGAUUAGAAAAUCAAAAAACUUUUGACAUUAAAAUCAACCAACAAUUGAAUGAAUUACAACAAAUUAGAAACACGGUGUAUGAUUUGGAGUUAACUCAUCGUAAGAUGAAGGAGAAUUAUGAAGAGGAAAUUAAUCGGUUGAAAAAAGAUAUAGAAGCAAAAGAUUAUCAAUUGAAUUCACUUACAAAGGCAAAUAUAAUACAAUCACCUAAUGAAACAGUCACUACAGUAACGCCUGCUCCUAUUGUUCAACAACAAGCACAGACGCAGCCACAAGCACAGACGCAGCCACAAGCUCAGCCACAACCACAACCACAGACACAGACACAGACGCAGCCACAACCUCAACCUCAGCCUCAACCUCAACCUCAACCUCAACCUCAGCCUCAGCCUCAACCUCAACCUCAGCCCCAGACGCAAUCACAACCUCAAACACAAGUACAAGUACAAACUCCAGCACAAACGCAAGUUCAGCAACCUACUCAAACCACGAUUCCACCCAUAAACGUUCCAGCUCCAGUAAUUCCUUCCACUACUAAGCUUGUUACUAAUCCUGCAAAUGGUUACUUGGUUCCUUACAAUGAGAGAGCUUCUCAUCAGAAGAAAAUCCCAGAAUUCUUAUUAGAUUCCACAUCGUUAGAUAAAAUCCCCAAAGAAUUUCAAAAGCAAUCAAAUGAUUAUCAAAUCAUUUAUAACCCUGCCAUUUCUAAAUUAUUGGAUGUCGAUCUUCAUCAUUCAUUAGAUCAUACUUCUGUAGUUUGUUGUGUAAAAUUCUCCAAAGAUGGUGAGUAUUUAGCUACAGGUUGUAAUAAGACUACUCAAGUGUUUAGAGUCUCCGAUGGUGAAUUAGUUUCAAGAUUAUCCGAUGAUUCAGUCACAAAUACUACUACACCUCCAACUUUAAAUCAAUCUUCUCAGCAAUCUUCUUUACAAACUGCAUCCCCUAAUGGUAAUACAAGUGCAUUUGCCUCUGCUGCUUCUACUUCUUCCGAUUUAUACAUCAGAUCGGUUUGUUUUUCCCCAGAUGGAAAGUUCUUAGCUACUGGUGCAGAAGAUCGUUUGAUUAGAAUUUGGGAUAUCACUCUAAAGAAAAUAGUAAUGAUUUUGAAUGGACAUGAACAAGAUAUUUACUCUUUAGAUUAUUUCCCUUCAGGUGACAAGAUUGUUUCAGGAUCAGGUGAUCGUACUGUUAGAAUUUGGGAUUUAAAUACAGGGCAAUGUCUAUUAACUUUAUCAAUUGAAGAUGGGGUCACUACUGUGGCUGUAUCACCAGAUGGUAAAUUCAUUGCUGCAGGCUCAUUAGAUAGAGCAGUAAGAGUUUGGGAUGCAGAAACCGGGUUUUUGGUAGAACGUUUAGAUUCAAACGAAUUAGGUACUGGCCAUGAAGAUUCAGUUUAUAGUGUAGUCUUUACCAAAGAUGGUAAAAACGUGGUUUCUGGUUCAUUGGAUAAGACUGUUAAAUUGUGGAAUUUAAAACAACAAACAACUUCAUCAAAUGAUGCUUCUAAAAUUAAUCAAAAUUCAAAUUCUCAUCUUGAUUCUAAAAUUAAUAAAUCAAAUAAUAAUAACUCAAGUACAUGUGAAGUCACUUAUAUGGGUCAUAAAGAUUUUGUUUUAAGUGUGGCUACAACUAAUGAUGAUCAAAUGAUUUUAUCCGGUUCAAAAGAUCGUAGUGUAUUAUUCUGGGAUACCAAAUCAGGUAAUCCUCUAUUGAUGUUACAAGGACAUAGAAAUAGUGUAAUUUCUGUGGCAGUAGCAAACGGUAUUCCAUUAGGUCCAAAUUAUGGGAUUUUUGCAACAGGAAGUGGGGAUUGUAAAGCAAGAAUAUGGAAAUAUAAAUUGUUAGGAGAUAUUAAUGACAUUUCAAAGAUAUCAUCAGCUAAUUGA